UCCAAGCAUAUCAUAUAUUCACCAUCCAACAAAAAAAUAUUCCUAGGGAAAAAAAAAAAGAAGCCCUAAGUUGCCAUUACAAAUCCCAAAAUGAACAGCAACAACAACCAAAACGUGAAGAAGAUCAAGUCCUUGCAACUUCCUCUUCGCAACACUGUCACGGAGAAGGCAAGAUCGCCGGUGAUGUUCGGAAAAUCCGCGGAGAAAACAACCGCGAGGAAGCUCGAGAGCAAACCGUCGAUGGACGUGGACGAAUGUGCCGAAGCUUUCAUCAGAAAAUUCCGGCAGCAGCUUCUUCUUCAGCGCCUCGAGUCCAUGGAGAACUACGAGAAAACGAUGGCCAGAGGUCUUUGAUGUUAUAUCCAUCUAUAUUGGUGUUAUCUACCUUAUUAUAUAUUAAUUCCUUGAAUUCAUUUUGUAUUAUUGCAUUGCUAGUUAUUUAUUUUACAUAUGAGGCUAUAUAUCAAUCAUGAUAGUAUACCUUGUGAUAUUAUUUACCGAUUCCGUUUGUAAGAAAAAAAUAUGUUAGCGUUAUUCGCUUUUAAUAAUGCUAAUUUAAUUUAAUAACGAGGAAAAUGGGAACUAAAAUCAGUUUGGUUGGACCACAAAAGCAUAUCUCGUACCCACCGACAAGUCUUAAAUGAGCCGGCCUCCUAAUCAUUAAUUGGGAUCCUAACCAAACCGCCGGUUUAGUCAUAUGCCAAACAAUAGCAUAACCAUGUAAUCAUGUAAUUUGAUACCGUAAACCGACAUUUGAGUACUUGCCCAUUAUUAAUUUUAUAAUAUCAUAUGCUAUACAAAGUAAACGAAAAAACAGUAGAGGGAGCGAAGCGAAUGAUCACUUUCCAAUGAGAGGAAUCACAUCCCACCCCACAAGUACAACAAAACAAAAGCCGAAUGCAACACCGCCAAUACAAACGCAAGACUCAAUUAAUAAUACAACAACAACAUCAUGUCACACAUAUAUAUAUAUAUAUUAUAAAA